AUUUUGAACAAUGAGCGGCCUUCAUGUUCCUUUAUUCCUCUCCAUUGUCUAAAAUACAACGCAUGAUAUAUAAGCUUUGCGAUGUUUCGAACAAACCCCUGCAUUCGCACAGUAGUUUAACCUAGUUCAACACCGAAAGCCUCCCCAGCUACUCACAACAACCCACCGUCUUCUCAAACUUGCUCCCGAUGGACUCCUUUAGUACCCUCAUUGAAUCCUCCUCUCUUGUGCCGAUUGACACCGAGCUAGACGUCCUCCGCGCCCUGCGUAUUGGCAACGCGUCUUUACCAGAGGCCCAACACGAGUCUACUUCGCCGGUUCCAGUCAACUCUGAAGCAAUAGGUGCCGGCGACGCCACUGCCUUCUGCGUGAUAUCCUAAUGAACCUUAUGUUCGAUUCCUUCAUAUACUCCGUCUGU